GGAAGCGGAGCUGCGGCCGGAGGGAGGAGACUGCUGCAGCCCUAGCGGCUGGCGGGAUCCCGGAGUGGCCGAGGGGCUUCUGCUGCCGCCUGGGAGUCGGAGGGUCCGCGAGCGCAGUGCUGGAGACACAGCCGCCAUCCUCUUCGCCCGCCCCGCCGCCCUCUUAGACGCGCUCCUCGUCCGCGGAUCCUCCCCCACCAGCUCUUCCAAGCUCGCGGCUCGGCGCCUGCUGAUCCACUUUCCUCACAGGUUCACAGUGAAGGCAGCAGCCAGCCUCUUUCCUCCCCCUGCAGGUAUGAAGACCUCUCACAAAAAGGUACCUGCAGAGCAAGAAACCGGGGACGCAGUCAGUCACCACACUGGAUCUGCAAAUGUGAAGAAGAAAAAAACAUCUCAGAAGAAGCAGAGGAGCAGACCUUCGUCCCAGCCCCCCAGGAACAUCGUGGGCUGCAGGGUUUCCCACGGAUGGAAGGAAGGCGACGAGCCCGUCACCCAAUGGAAAGGGACCGUUCUGGAUCAGGUGCCUAUAAACCCCUCUCUUUAUCUGGUGAAAUAUGAUGGGAUUGACUGUGUCUAUGGACUGGAGCUUCACACAGAUGAAAGGAUUUUAAAACUUAAAAUCCUUCCUGAUAAGGUGCCAUUGUCUCGAGUCAGAGAUGCGCGCCUUGCCAACACCAUCAUUGGCAAAGCGGUGGAGCAUAUGUUUGAGGGCGAGCAUGGUGCUAAGGAUGAAUGGAGAGGGAUGGUGUUAGCCCAAGCACCAAUCAUGAAAUCGUGGUUUUAUAUCACCUAUGAGAAAGAUCCUGUGUUGUACAUGUACCAGCUUCUGGAUGACUAUAAGGAAGGAGAUUUGCGUAUCAUGCCAGAGCCCAGUGAGCCUCCUUCAGCGGAGAAGGAGCCAGAAGGAGUUGUAGAUGGCCUGAUAGGCAAACAUGUGGAAUAUACCAAAGAAGAUGGCUCCAAACGGACAGGCAAGGUUAUUCACCAAGUCAAAGCCAAACCUUCUGUGUAUUUUAUUAAGUUUGAUGAUGAUUUCCAUAUCUAUGUCUAUGAUUUGGUGAAAAGGUGCUCUUAGGGUACAAUUUGCCAUAUUUGUGGAGGCAAAUGUUUGAUUUGGAGGCAGAAAAAAUGUAGCUUUUAAUGUAUAGAAAGCUUUAGACUCCCUUUGCCAGCACCGUCGCCAGCAUAAUGUUGAUUUGUUCUGAAAAAUACAAAUGUGUGUGGACAUGACAUGCCGUG